AGAUUAUUUUUGUUUUGAAGCAGUUAUAAACAGUUGAUGAGUGUUAGAGGAUUGUUAGUCCGAAUAUUAUCAUUCACCUCAGGAGUUCUUGGAUGUUUGUUCGCUGAAGCUGAAAAGGAUAUAAAAAUGUCGGAGUUCUCAGAUUUUAAAACAUUGAAAGAUUUUGGAUACGAGUUUAAUCCUGCCGGAGAACUCAAACAAAUUGAAUCCGGAGAACCUUUCAAGUUCGAAGUUAAACCCGGAGACAAGAACUACAAUCAGCAGCAUUAUGAAGCACUCGGAGAAGUUCUGAACCUGGAAGUGUACAGACUAUUGGAGGAGAAGGCCGGUCUGAAGAAACUAUAUCUAAACCAAGAGUUAGAUAGUUUCAUAUUUGUAAGCAAGGAUUAUGCAAAGAAGGAUAAAUUAUUACUUCUAAUCCAUGGUAGUGGUGUUGUCAGAGCUGGACAGUGGGCCAGGCGUCUCAUUAUAAACAAUGAUUUAGAUAAAGGUACCCAGCUCCCUUAUAUAGAGUUCGCAUUGAAGGAAGGAUUUGGAGUAAUAGUAUUAAACACUAAUCAGAACACGUACCUGAAGGAUGAGAAAGAAUUACAAAUCCCCGAGAGUAGUUCUCCUGAAGAGCACGCCAGUACAGUGUGGAACCGGUUUGUACGUCCAGCCAACGCCGAUGAUGUUGUUAUUGUUGCACACAGUUACGGCGGCGUAGUCGCACUAAAUCUUGCCACAGAUAUGAUGCAGGAGUUUAUGAACCGAGUGAGCGGAGUCCUCCUAACCGACAGCGUACACCACGGACUGACUGGAAAGAAUGUUCUCGACACGAAGCUGCGAAAAAUUAGUAAAAACUACGUGGCCAGCUCUAAACCAGUGGGCGAGACUGUUUACAAAUCCAAAUCUGAUAUUCUCGCUGUAUCUGCUGGACAUGAGAAACAUGAAUGGACCUCCUGGUCCGCCAUGUUGAAUAUAUUCCAGGAUAUCAGGAAUAUAUUCCAGGAACCUGAUCAAACCCAAACCAAGGAUCAAACUGAAUUGUAAAUAUUUCAUUUUUGAAUUAAAAACUAUUCAAAACUAAA